AUGGCUGACAGCAAUCUCCCUAAACAAGAUUUUGCACCGCCAUGGCUGAAAUUUCCUUCUACGGAUUCCACAAAAACCUCCAGCCAGAAUAGUUUCCAGAGUGACAGAACCAGUCAGCGAAGGGAGGACUCCUUUCAUUCUCGGCCAGAAUAUAACAGACUUCAAAGACAGACUUCAUUUGACUUUCACGAUGCAAAACGCUACCCACAGAAUCAAGGCAAGUACCGACACCAUUCAGUAGAUGAUGAUUACUACAACUGCCCCUACGGAGGCUAUGGCUACUACCCCCCCAACUAUAAUUAUGAGAAGUAUGGUAUGCAGUACAGCUCCCAGCCAUCUCUGGUCCGACCUGGUAGUCGUGAUGUCAAGUAUGCACCCGGGCGCUUUCCUCAGGGUCAAACCAAACGGGGCUACUAUGAGAAGGAGCAGCAUAAAGAUGGCAGAGAUGUUGAAGGCAAGACCAAGGACAGAACUGGUGAUCGGGACAGGCCGUUCAGUGAAGAUUUUCCAAUGCUGAGAGGUUCGGGAGAAGGUACACCAGAGUUAAAGCAGACAAAGCCGGUUUCUGGUGUUUGGGACAACCCCCCAAAGUCGAGUCGAAAUGAAGAGUCACCAGACACAGUGAAAAGCUCUGCUGCAGGAAUGUAUAAAGCUCUAGUACCUAAUAAGAAUGGGCAGAUGAAAAAGAAUGGGCGUGAAUCAGGUCGAACGAAUGGCAGCAUCAAAGAUUCAUCUGGCCUAAGUCCUUCCAACAAGUCAAACCACAAAGAGGGAACACGGCAGAGCCCUACACCAGAUUUGACGAUUGUGACCCAGCCUAAGAAGUUGGGGGACAAAAAAAGUGAAUUCCUAAGAGCCUUACGCCAUGAAAGCAAUCAGCGAAACGGAGAAGCUUAUCAAGAUCUCAAUCAAAACUCAAUAGAGAAGAAACAGGUACGGAAAGAAACGGAGGAAAGUCUGAUGAAUGAAGAUGUCACGUACAGCCACAUGAAUGGGAGCAAUGAAACACACAGGAACAACAGUUCCUACGAGACCAUGAUGAAUGGGAACAACAGGGUUGACAGUAAUCUUAACAGAUCAUUGGAUGGUGGAGACGGCAGUGUCACGACUGACUCUUUGGAUAAACAUGUCGACCAUAUUUGCUUAUCUGGGGAGGAGGAGGAGAAAAGGCUUUUGGAGUCCAUGGGGUGGUCAGAAGAGGACCAGACUGAGUAUGUGAUUACGGAGGAUGAUGUGAGGGAGUUUCACCACAUGCUGAAUCGUGUUCGUCAACAGAAUGAAUUUGGAAACCCAAGACGACACAGUUUGUUGCGCUUGAAGCUGGGAACCCAUUUUGCCAAUGGCUUGCUGAGUGGUACUUACUAUGAACACGCUGAAAGCGAGACACAAGAAACAUUGUGA